AUGGACCCUGACACUGCCCAGGCCUUCCAGAAGGAAUUGAGAUGUGCCAUCUGUAUAAAUACUUUUAUAGAGCCAGUCACCUUAGAGUGCGGGCACAGUUUUUGUCGACCUUGUCUCUGCCUCAGCUGGGAAGAGACCCAGAUUCCAGCCAGGUGCCCUGUGUGCAGGGGACCCUGCCAGCAGAGAGACCUCAAAACCAACGUGGUUCUGAGGAGCCUGGUGGCCAUUGCCAGAAGAGCCAGCCUCAGGCAUUUUCUGAGCUCUGAGGAAUACAUGUGUGGGACACACAGGGAGACAAAGCAGAUGUUCUGUGAGGUAGACAGGGCCCUGCUCUGUAGGAGCUGCUCCCAGUCUCAGGAGCACAGGGCUCACAAACACCAUCCCAUAGAUACGGCUGCUGAGGAGCAGAGGGAGAUGAUUUCAAAGCAGAUGCAUGCUGUAUGGGAAAAGACUCAAGAAAACCAGCACAAUUUACAGGAGAAUAGGAGACUCAUCAACCGAUGGAUUUGGUAUGUGAAGCUAUCCCGAGGCAUAACUAAGGAUGUUUUUAGAAAUAUGUAUCAGGAGCUGAUCAAAACAUACCAGAAGCCAGAUGUGGAACUGCUUCAGAGGCUCACCCAGCACCGGGUGGAGAUUGCCUUCAAUGACGCUACAGAGAAUCAAGAUCUUGGGAGUUGUGUUGGACACGACAAUCCCUAUGCAGUUUUGAAUUCUGAAGAGUCCUUCCACUUUACUGCUUUUGGACACCAAGUCUUCAGCUCUGGGAAACAUUACUGGGAGGUUAGUGUGGAUGACUCUUCCACCUGGGCCCUGGGAGUUAUUAGGGAUUCCUCCAUAGGGAGCAACCUCACUGAAUCUGAGGCUUUUCCUCCUUUGUUUGUGAAAGAGAAUACACUUUCCACCAUUUUUACCACAUCCCCACUGCUGCCUCACUAUGUAGAGAAGCCUCUGGGCCGGGUUGGUGUGUUUCUUAAUCUUGACGAUGGCAGUGUGAGUUUUUGGAAUGUGGCUAAGAGUUCCCUUAUCUGGAGAUACCCCACUGGUGCUGUCCAAUUUCCUGUCAGGCCCCAUUUUUUCAGUGGUAGCCUGGUGUCCUAA